UAAUCAGAAUAAUAAUUCAACCACUACUCCAUCAUCAUCUUCCCUUUUCUAUAGCUCACCAAAAAGUGUACACUCUCAUCUCAUCUUUCCUCGCUGACAAUUCACAAAAUCCUCCUCUUUCUAAUCUUUUUCACACCGCCGGUUAAAACUUCCGUCGGCGGCGAUCAAAACCAAAUGCACCAAGAAAACUUCACCCCCUCUUACUACCAUCAAUUCCCUCAACACCCCCAACCACCACCACCACCACCACCACAAUCACAACCAUCCUACGCUUCUGCGCCACCUUACGCCGCCGCAGAUUACUCUUCUUCAUAUUCUCAAAAUUACCCUCCUUUUUCUCAUAAUCCUGAUCCUCAACCUCACUACCCUCCUCCUCCUUCUGUUGGGCUGGAGGCCCAUGGGCUUUACUCUCCUCCUCCAGCCCAAUUGCAGUAUCCUCCAACGACGCCGUAUUAUCCACCCUACGAUCCUCAUCAAACAGUCCCCCAUAAUUACCCUCCUCCACCUCCACCUCAACCUCAACCUCAACCUCCGACGACUUACCCUAACCCUGGUUUAAACUCUAGUAAUCCUGCUUAUUACGAGAAAUCAUAUGAUAAUAGCGCCAAAUUUGAUUAUGGGUCGGGGUAUUUUGAUGAGAAUUUAAGUGGGUAUGGGAAUUAUGGGGGAAAUAGGUCCAAUUUGGGAGGUGGGUAUGAUCAUAAAGAUGAUGGGGUGUAUGCUUAUGAGGGUAAAACUGAUCCCUAUGGUUCCCGUGGAACGGCAUCGAAAUCGUGUACUUGGUCUGGCUUGUUUGAUGAUUAUGGUAGGGCUAUCACAUCUCCUUCUUCAAAGAAGGACAAGGAUAAGUCUACUUCUUUGAAGGUUGUGAGAGCAGUGCCGAAGGCGGAGUCGAAUACUGAUGGUAAGAGUGGAGUUCAGAAGUUUAGGGUCAAGCUUUUGCCUGAAACUGGUGGUCAGAGUGUCAUGGAUGUUCUCUGUAUGGUUGGUUUGGAUGGGAUACGCAUGCUUGAUCCUAAUUCAAGCCGUACAUUGAGGAUAUAUCCACUUGAGACUGUGACAAGAUGUGAUAAAUAUGAUUCAUCUACGUUUGCAUUCUGGUCAAAGACCCCUGUGGACAUUGAGCCUAGACGUAUUAGACUGCAGUCAAAUAGCUAUACUACAAAUACACUUCUGGAUACAGUGACAGCUGCUACUGUGCAGUUCAAGGAGAUGGGUGGGAGGGCCAGGCCUUCUGAGCCAACCAGAGCACUGGAGCAGUCUGCAGAAAAGAAAAAAGGUCUUGGAGACUGGAUAAACAAGCUAAAACCAGUAAAUGAAGAGAAAGAUCAUUGGGUUCCUGAUGAAGCUGUAUCCAAGUGUACAGGCUGUGGAGGGGAUUUUAGUGCCUUCAACCGUAGGCAUCAUUGCCGAAACUGUGGAGAUGUAUUCUGUGACAAAUGUACUCAGGGUAGAACUCCCCUCACUUUGGAAGACAAUGCUCAGGCAGUUCGUGUGUGUGAUCGAUGCAUGGCACAUGUAACUCAGAGACUUAGCAUGGCCAAGGAAGCAGCUAACAGACCAGUCUCUUUGCAAAGUCAUGAAGACCUUGCCAAGAAGCUUCAGGAGGAAAUGGAAAAGAAUCUGAGAAUUUCAUCAGGUUCAAAGUCAGACGGCUCUGGUAGUGGUAGGCGAAUGAGAGAAGUUGCUUGUCCUACUUGUACCGUCCAUUUGCAGGUCCAAGUUCCAACCUCUGGUUCAGAAACCAUCGAGUGUGGUGUUUGUCAGCAUCCAUUCCUCGUGAGUGCUCAUUGAUGUCAAAUCACCUCUUCCUGGAUGAAGUCCUGUAUCUUGUUCAAUAUAUUCAUUGGCUUAGCGCUCAAUAAUAACAAAUAAUAUUUAGUGCGAUCUACUUCCCUCCUAGUCUGUCCAAGCUUCUCGUAAAUUAUGUGACUGGGUUUGUAUAUGAGUUUCUGUUCCCUUUUUGGUUUCUGGAGAAGCAUCACCAAAGUGUUUGUCAAUACCGAGAUUCUCAUAUGUUUAUUCAUACAAAUGCAGUGUUGGUCUUGUGUUUGCUAAUA